AUGGCCUUGCAGAGCCCUAAUUGCGUUGUGCACGCCAUGCAAUCCCUUCGUCGAACAUCAAACCUCCGGGCGUUCCUUUCCCAACGCUCGAUAGGUCCUGCCUACGCCGUCUCCGGGGCUUCUCUAUCGGCACAACCGCAAUCACGGAAGAAUGUUCGAGGCUAUGCGACUGAACUCCAGCCUGCUGCCCCCGAGAUCGAUUUCUCCAAAUUCGUUGCGCGGCCUGCCCGAGUCGUCCCCAUGUCUCCGUCCUACUUUUCCGGCAGUCCCAAAUUCAUCGAUCAUUUACUGAGAUUGGAAUAUGUUCUAGCGAAAUACGCAUCACUACCGACCGUGUCCGCAAUUGAAGCACCUAGAAUGGCGUGGUUCAAGCUCCCGCAGUUCCGUGACUUUGUGGGAGAACCUGUGCCAACCAAGAAGUACAAAAAUCUGCUGAAGAUCCUGCAGCGACUGAACCGGAUAGACCCUAAUGUGACUCCGGACGAAGUCCGUGACACACUCAAGGACUUUCUCCGCCCGGGAAAUCCGUAUGGAAACAAGCCGACUCCGCCGGUGGUGGAUGAGAUGGGUCGUGCCCGUGGAAAGGGUAAGCGCAAGACCUCCUCGGCAGUUGUGCACUUAGUGGAGGGCGAGGGCGAGGUGAUGGUCAAUGGGAAAACCUUGGCUGAGGUGUUCCCCCGGUUGCAUGACCGUGAGAGUGCAACGUGGGCUUUGAGAAGUACAUCCAGACUGGACAAGUAUAAUGUUUGGGCGACAGUAAGGGGUGGGGGUGUUACGGGACAAGCAGAGGCCAUUACGUUGGCGCUCGCACGGGCGCUGCUGGUCCACGAACCUGCAUUGAAGCCGAUUCUGCGGAAGGCCGGUGUUAUUACGGUGGACGCUCGUCGCGUGGAAAGGAAGAAGCCGGGUCAUGUCAAAGCGCGGAAGAUGCCCACAUGGGUCAAGAGGUGA